AUGUUUUCCGUUGUGAGGAUCUCGACCAAAACGGUAGAGCCCACGUCCAAGACUGUGAUGCAGUUUGGUUUGGCCUGUUGUGGUAAAACAAACGAGAGCGAUUUGAGGCUCAAGCUCAACGAAUUGUUCACAAGAAGCGGAUUUAGAACCAAAAUGCGACCGCUGUCAAUCAAUUUGUAUGAUAUCGUGGUGAAAAUGGCCGAUGAGGCCUUGAAAUGCACAAACGAGCCAACUUCAGCAAGACUCUGUUCGAACUGA